AGUAAGUUGUUUAAAGCAGAACUGAAAAUAUCCUUAUUUCCGCAAAAUUUAUUAUAUAUUCUAGAUGAAUUAAAAAUCGGCGACAUAAAUAACACAUUAGUUCUUGGUAGUGGGAGAUGAAAUGGUAAACUAUUGCGAGAAUGGUAAGGCGGUACAAAAAAGUUAAUUUGGUACAGUAAGUCAGGAGCAUCAGUCCUGUCAUGCAGGAUGUUAAAUAGAAAUGCUAUGUUACAUUUUAACCUUCUAGCCUCUAAACUAGCGACAUGAAACUGGUUUAACAAUGCAAUACGGGAAAGAUGGUUGGAAACUGCUCAGGGAUUUCAAAAGGAGACAAAUUUCCCAAAUUGCUUAGAGGCGUUAGACGGGAAGCAUGUGCGUAUUGUGAAACCGAACUUUGCUGGAUCCCAGUUUUUCAACUACAAAAAAUUUCACUCGGUAGUGCUGUUUGUUGUUGCCGAUGCAUACUACCGGUUCAGUUAUAUUGAGGUGGGAUCUUGUGGACGAGAAUCAGAUAGCACCAUAUUUGAAAAGUCCAAAUUAAACACUAUGUUGGAAAACACUGAAGCUUACAUUCCCAACGAAUCACCACUACCUGGUACCGAGGGGCCAGUAAUGCGGAAUGCCUUACACUGUGUUGAGUGUUCUGGCAGUGUAGUUGAAAUGCUUCACAUGUCCAACACUCCUCAUGCCCCAAAUUGGCAAAUGAUAUAUUCAUUUCGGCGACUUGCUUACGGUACAGUUCGUAAGAUAUAUUAAUAGCAGGAUACUUUUCUUUACAAUCUUCGUGCAUUAAUGUAAUACUCAAGUCACUGGGAAGAUACUUCCGGCGAGGCGCAUGUGCCCUUCUAUAAUGCGAAAUAGUAGGAAAAAACGUAUUAAUAUGUUCUAUAAUGACAUCUCUAUCCACUUUUUUGAGGAUGGAUGUCCCAGUUUAAUAGGAUGAGGUGUUAACUGUGAAGAAUCAUUAUUUCUUAUAAUAUCUCUGAUCCGUCUGUCAUUUUGUAGUGUAUAGCCAAACGUACCGAGAAAGAAUUUUUUACAAACUUUAACGUCCAUCCCUUUUUCGUCCUUUAGAAAAUAAAGUAUUGUAUUGUUUCUUCUGGAAUUUUCAGACGUUUUCCUCUUAGAGAUCACCUUUUUUGCUGCGCUAAAAAUAAACUGUCUUUGCGCCUCGUCUUUUAAGCCCCAAAAUUCGUGGUUUAUGUUACUCUGCCGUUCAUAGGUAAUUUUAUCUGCACAUUUAAGUUUGCAUUCACACGAAGGGUUUUCUACCACAUGAUGGUUUUCUUGUUUUUUAAUUUCUUUUAUUUUUUUUCGUUCGACUAAUGAAACUUCAUAUCUUUUACGUUUUCUCGGUUCACCUUUUUUAGUGUACAUUUGUACCCAGCUAACACACUGACGUUUCAUUGACGUUGACAUUGGGUCAUCUUUAUGCCGAGUACGUCAGUAUGCCCAAUAGAUGCCGUCAUUGAAACGUUAUGAAAAUGAUCAUUAAAUGACGAUACUGUAAUGACAUAUAUUUGACGUCAAUUAAUCGUCAGUGCCACAGACGUACAAAUGAAUUAUUUUAUUAAACUUCCAAACAAAUCUACUUUUGUAUGAUACUUUCGAAAAAUGUUUAUUGAGUCGUUUUUCCACGAUUUAUAAAAAUGAAAAUAUUAUUUUAAAAGGUUGCGGAAAACGCGGGACAUGAUCGAUUUGAUUCGAGUUUCUUCGUUUUCCCUCGCCAUUCUGAUGUAAAUGACCGUGACCGUGUAGAGAACGCCGUCGUUGAUAUGACAGACCUGAGACCGCCAUUAACUUAAAUUAUAGUUAAAUUAUUUGAUGAAUAUUUGAGAAGUGUUGACAGAUACAUUUACCGUGUAUUGAGCAACAAAUACAUCGGUUAAUUAGAAGUAGUUGGUGAAUAAAACAGACGUACCACCAUUACAAAACAAUAACCUAACCUGUAAAUGUGAGUAUGCAUGUUCGCGCCAAUUUCUCUUGCCUUGCAAUAACGUGGUUUUGGAUUCUUAGGUAAGUGUAAAGAGUUAUUACAAAAGUAGUAACUAAUGUUUAAAUUUUUUAGAUUUUUGGAAAUGUCCUUUGUAGGUGUAGAAUUCCACGAGGGUGAGGGAGUAGCUGUAGUUUCAAGCACUUGGCUCACUCCACAAAAAAAUAAUGUAUUUUGGCCCCCUUAUAAGCUUCAAAGCUGUAAAAAAAGGCGAAAGACCAUCCACUGAAAAUAAUUGGAAGUUAUUCGGCAUUGCACGUACAUUCUUUGAAUGUGAUGAUUAUAAUGAAGCAGUGAACAAGAUCGAGCAAGCCCAAUAUACUUCUGACAUUUGUACAGAAAUCGAAGAGGAGUUACCUCCAGAAUUACCCCCCAAAAGAAUAAAAAAAAGUACGAAAAGACUUUCGUUCUCGUCUGAUGAGGAAGUUCGUUCAAAGAAAACAAAAUUGUCAUUAGUAAGGCCCGCCCAAAUACCAGCUAGUAUUAGAGAUACGUUUGGUAAUUGUCAACGGAGCUCAACACCAAAUCUUGGCAAUUACACACACAUAGUUUCGGCAUCCUCUACACUUACCAACCGAAAUUCAACUAAUACACCAAUCCAAAGUUUGCAAAACAGUACACCACCAGAUCGUAGCAGUUAUAUACAUUCAGAUGCUGCCUCUUCUACACCUACCAUACGAAAUUCUGUAACACACACUCCAACCGUACAUAAUCAGUGUGAUGCUUUCCAAAAGCGAAUAAUUACAUUAUUAGUUCAACUCAAAGAUCAGAACAACCAAAUCAUAAAUUUCUUAAAAGAAAACUGUACUGGCAAUUCGACUUCCACAACAUACUCAUAUCAACGACCAGACAACCUGCCCUUUCAAUUACCUUCAACAUCUGUUAAUGAUGUACUUGAAUUGGAUAACUAUCUCAGGGAUAAAGAUAAUUUUAAUGGCAUGAUUCGUUACUUGUCUACACUUGGGGGGAAUGGUGUUGUAGGGAAAACUAACCGAAUUUUGAAAGAAUUAUUAACGGAUCAAGUAGCAAUUCAUUUUAACUAUUUUGGUAAAAAGAACAAACACCCAUUUAAUGACCUAAAAAAUACAAAAAGUGCAUUAAUUAAUAGUGUAAUGAUCACUAGUGAUGGUGCAAACGAGAAGACAAUUCAAGAUUCGAUUAAAGUCUGGUUAAAACAUGCCCCACAAAGGAACAAGAACAAAUCACAAGGGCAAGUUACUGUAGAUUAGACCAUGCAUGUAUUCAUUUUCUUAGCAGAUAAGUCAUUUUAGUAGUUAUUACUUAAAUAUGUACAAAAAAGUAAAUGUUAAGACUACUGUAGGUUGGCGGCAAGCAUGCAGAAGAAUACGAAAUAGUGUUAAUGACAUUUUAGAAAAAAUAGAAACAGGCAUAAAUGAACCUGCUCAAGAACAAUCUUUUUCUGCCAAUAAUUCUCAUAAUACAAAUAAUUUUGAUAGUGUAAAUGAUCUACAAAAUAAUGUAACUGAAAAUGCUGAGGUUUUUCAUCAUUCCCAAUCAGAAUUAAGUAUUGAUGGUGUUGAAUUUGUCCCUGAUAAUGUUAUAGAUUAUUUAUAUUCGUCUGAUUAAGAUGAAAAUAACAUUUUUCAUGAUAUUCCACCUCUGAGUAAUUGUAUUGAUAAUGACCAAUCAAGUGUCAAUUCUCACCAACAUUUAACCGACCAAUUAAGGCAAUGGGCAUCAUCAAACUUACAAGUUCCCCAAUCAUCUGUAACUGCGUUAUUGCACAUUUUACAACAAUACCACCCAUACUUACCUUUGGACUGUCGAACUCUGUUACGUACACCUACUGUUACAGUAUGUAAGAAAUUAUCUAAUGGAGAGUACUUUCAUUUUGGCAUUGAAAGUACUUUGAGAAAUGUUUUAAUUAACAAUCCCAGUUAUACUGAUCCUACUUUUAAAUUAAGUUUCAAUAUUGACGGUCUCCCACUUUUUAAUAGUUCAUCUAAACACUUUUGGCCGAUAUUAGGGUUAAUUAAAAAUGUACCACAUUGUGAACCUUUUCCAAUUGGGAUUUUUUAUGGUACGGGGAAACCAAUCCCGUUAAUCUUAUUUUUGGAAGAUUUUAUAAGCGAAUUAAAUAAGUUAAGUAAUCAGGGUUUUAUUUAUGCUAGCACAACAUACUUUGUUUCGGUUUACAAUUUCAUUUGUGAUGCCCCUGCACGGUCAUAUAUUAAAUGCACUAAAGGCCAUGCAGGAUAUGCCAGUUGUGACAAAUGCACAGUGUACGGAGAUUAUUACAAUGGACGUGUCAUACUAAAUGAACUGAAUGCUUCACUAAGAACCGAUUUAUCUUUUUUACAACAGAUAGACGAAGACCAUCAUUCUGGUACAUCUCCUCUAAGUGUGUUAAAUGUAGGCUUUGUAACACAGUUUCCAAUAGACUACAUGCACGCUGUAUGCCUUGGCGUUAUGAAAAAACUUUUAAAUGCGUGGGUUGGCGGAGAUCUUAUAAUUAAGUUAUCAAGUCACCUCGUAAAUACUAUUUCUUUAAAAUUAUUUGAUUUACAAUUUGCAAUACCAAUAGAAUUUAAUCGUAAAUGUCGUUCUAUGUCAGAAUUGGCUCGAUGGAAAGCUACGGAAUAUAGAUUAUUUUUAUUUUAUAUAGGACCACUUGCUUUGAAAGACGUGCUUGAUAUUGCUUUAUAUGAGCACUUUCUGCUUUUACAUAGUGCUCUUACAAUUCUUUCAUCAGAAUAUCAUUUAGAAAACUGUGAUGCUGCCAAUAACUUUUUACAUUUGUUUAUUUCUCAUUCAGAAAAACUGUAUGGAAGAGAGUUUUUAAUCUAUAAUGUACAUCUUCUUAGUCAUUUAUCAUCGGAUGUGAAAUUAUAUGGGCCUGUUGACAAUUUUUCAGCCUUUCCCUAUGAAAAUUAUUUGGGUUGGUUAAAAAAACUUUUAAGAGGUUCUAGAUUACCGCUUCAACAGGUAGCUAGGCGAAUAAUAGAACGAACCCGUAAUGUAUCAUUAACGUUUAAAUCACGUGAAAACCUACUUUCACUACAGCACUGUUUAGGUCCAUUGGUAGAUCUGGUUGAAUGUGAGCAAUUUAAAAAAUUUUAUUGGGCAGAAAAAGAUUGUAUUUUUACCAGUCAUCUGCAUUCUGUUAAAGAUUCGUACUGCAUGUCCUAUGAUAAAGUAGUGAUUCAAAUUCACAAUGUUAUU